GGCCGGGGCCGUGCCGGCCGUGGGGCUCGCUCGGGAAUCGCUUCCCUCCUCCUUCUCCUUCUCCCUCUCCCUGCGGCCGCAGCAGGCUCCGGCUGAUCGGCGGGGACGAGGGCGAGCCGCCGCGGGGCUGGCUUUGCCGGCGCUCCCCCGGCGCUGUGAGGCCCAGCGUUUGCUAUCUCUGUGAGGCUCCAAGCGGCAGAUGCUCGGAGGAGAUGCCUACGUAACACACGUUGCCAGCAAUUGUACUGAACACUUUGCUGCUGAACCAGUUGCUCAGGUACCCAGCCUGUCUCUGUUGCUAUGGGAGAUUGGAAGACUAUUACUGUGCCAGUGCUGUCAUCAGAUAGCAAAAAUAUACCUCCAUAUACCUCAGAAAGAAAAAGAUCUCCUACAAGCAUGAGCUCACAAGUGCUACACUUGUCACUGCCUUCAUCCAAAAGCAUGCACAGCUUUUUCAGUGCCUUCUGCACAGAAGAGAAUAUUGAACAGAGUAUAUCCUAUAUUGAUAGGGAAUUAACAACAUUGGGGUUUCCCUCUAUUUAUGCGGAGUCCAAAGGAAAAGAAUUAAAUUUAGUAUCUAUGGUAAAUUGCAUGAAUGAAUUGCUUGUACUGCAGCACAAGAAUCUUCGAGCUCAGGAAGAAAUAGAAAUACAGCAUCUGAAACUGGGAAGUGAUAUGGAUCAUUUGCAGAACUGCUAUGCUAAGUUAAAGGAACAGUUGGAAUUAUCUAAAAGGGAAAUAGUUGGGCUUCAGGAAAGAGACAGACAACUGCAAAGCAAGAACAGAAAUUUGCACCAGUUACUUAAAAAUGAAAAGGAUGAAGUUCAGAAGUUACAGAACGUAAUUUCAAGUAGAGCUACACAAUACAAUCAUGAUAUGAAGAGGAAAGAGAGAGAAUAUAACAAAUUAAAGGAGCGGUUACAUCAGUUAGUAAUGAAUAAAAAAGACAAAAAGUUAGCUAUGGAAGUUCUAAAUUAUGUUGGUAGAGCUGAUGGGAAGAGAGGUGCAUGGAGGACUGAUAAGACAGAAGCCAGAAAUGAAGAAGAAAUGUACAAAGUUCUGUUAAGUGAUUAUGAACAACGCCAAAAACAGCUUUUACUGGAAAAUACUGAGCUAAAGAAGGUUCUUCAGCAAAUGAAGAAAGAUAUUAUUUCACUUCUUCCACCACAGAAACAAAAACCAAAAGAAAGACCUGAAGAUGGGCUGGUGCUGUCAGACCAGGAGGAAGAUAUUGGGGAAUUAAAUAAAGAGAAUAUGUGGGAAUUAUCUUGUGAAACUGUGCGAGAGCAGCUUACCAAUAGCAUUAGAAAACAGUGGCGAAUGUUGAAAAAUCACGUUGAAAAGCUGGAUAACCAAGUGUCACGUGGACAUUCAGGAACUUUGAAUGAAAAAGAUGUAAUUUCAAGAGAAGACCAUGAGCUAGAAACUGAAAAGCUAGAGUUAGAAAUUCAGCAAUGUAAAGAAAUGAUCAGAACUCAGCAACAGCUCUUACAGCAACAGCUUACAUGUGAUGAUGACACCACUCUGUUACUACAAGACUGCUAUUUGUUGGAAGAAAGAGAGCGUCUUCAGGAAGAAUGGAGACUAUUUCGAGAACAAAAAAAGAACUUUGAGAAGGAACGGAAAAGUUUUACAGAAGCGGCUAUUAGAUUAGGACUUGAGAGAAAGGCAUUUGAAGAAGAUAGAGGAGCAUGGCUGAAGCACCAGUUCUUAAGUAUGACUGCUGAUUGCAAGUCUGAAAAUCUGACAACUCCAAGUGCCUUCUUAAGAAGUUCUGACCCAGACAUUCGUUUAGUGAGGUCUGUAUCUCGGCAAAGAAGACCUCCCUCUGUGCUGAGUCCUACUGUUUCACCAGAACCUUGCCAGAUAUCUCAGUAUAUUGCACAAAACAGUGUUGCAUCAGAAAAACCUGCUGCAGAUAACAUGCCAAAUCUGUGGGUGGAAAGUGAUGACAAGGAAGAAACUGAAGAAUGCACAAAGUCAUGGGAAGACUCUGGACUUGGCACUCUAUGUAGAAACUUGCACAUGGAACAGCUGCCUUAGACUUCUAGGGCUGCCUGCUGGAAUUUUGGUUAGGGACUUGUUCAUAAACAUCAUUCUAAAUGAAACAGAA